CGCAGAAAAGAUAGUAUUAUAUUUGAUGUAUCUAGUACUACAAAAAUUGGAACAACGUACAUAAUUGAUUCUACUAUUAGAAUUUGUUUAUAUUUUGUUGGUAUUUUAGGAGCUUCAUACAAACAUCAAGCUGCUAUUGCUAUAAAAUUUCAGGAAAGAACAUCUAAUUUUGUUAAUACAUUUACAAUUAAUGAACGAAUAGAUUAUUUUUAUAUUGUGACUAGUAAUUUUACAAAAGAUGAUAAUAGCAAUGAAGAGUUAAGUACUAAUACCAAUAAAGAAUCAAAUAUUAAUAGUGAUAAAGAAUCAGACAGAUAUCAUAAUACAAAAAAUCUCUCAGAAAAUAAGCUAGUUUCAUUUGUUUAUCAGCAUGCAAGUAGUUCUGUAACAAUUCGAAGUGGCAAAAAGAUACCUGUUCAAGUAACAUUGGUACAAAGAAGAAAAGAAACUACAAGAAGAUAG